AUGCCGCCCGCGAACCAGUCUGGCCAUAAUAAUGGAUCGCAAGCGUCAAAUCUGCAAACGGCUAGGAUGCACGUAAAUCCAACUCCUCUCCAACCAUAUUCGUAUGCGGCGUCCUUGUCUGCCACUUCAUCGGCGCCCAGAUUUCCAACACGCCGAAACAAUGUCCCUGCUCCAAUUAGCACGUCUGGAACUAUGGGACUUGAAAACCUUUCACUCAACAAACCAGAUACAUUGCCUAGAACCGUCGUACCGAGCUGGAACUUGGGCUCCAGCAGUGCUCACGCACCCCCCCGCCGGAAUAAUAUCGCUUCUUCCGAGCAAAACGAAAGGACAUGGGUCUCUAUCCAUGACCCCCUCAGUUUCGAUGCCAAGGCAGAACAAAUCGUCAACUACAUCCACGCACGAUGUCCGCUUCUGAGUGGAACUGGUGCGAAAGAACUUAUAGCUUUCAUUGGUAAAUGCCUACGGGAGAAACAAACACGCUGUAAAAAGAGCGGUGUUCUUGUUUCGAUACGUGUCUUUGGCCGCUUCCAGUGUGAAAUCACUAUCUCUGAUCUCUAUAAUGCCAUUGCAUUUCUCAUUUCAGAGACUGACCCAUAUCCAUAUGUGGGCACCGAAAGCGUCGAAACAUUGCAGUGCAUUCAUCGCCAAAUUUUAGCCCAUUAUACAAAAUGGAACUACACUCUUUUUAAAGCUCUAUUCCAUCGUGAGGGGUUCAUGCCGAUGACCACUUGCAUUAUGUAUCGUGCUAGAGAGGCAGAUUCUGAUUCCAAUGUGCCAUGCUACAUUGCUGCGCUGGGCUCAUCAUUAGGGGGGCCUGGGCAUUCGAAAAAGGAGGCUGAAUUGAUCCAAAGUGCCUCCAUCCAACGAGUAUUCCCUGCCAUCAACCGACAUGGUCUUCAAUCACCGGAAGAGCUGAAAGGGCACGACGUACCAUUAGGAAUCUGUGCUGAACUACAGGCCUGGCUAUCGUGA